AAUAAACAGCUGAGAGGAAAAAACGUCAAAAAACUGCGGCGAGUCCGAAGAAAACACGUCAGUUUUAAGUUUUAACAACUUUAUUAUUUGCCAACGAUCAAAUAAUAAUCCCAUUUGCAUUUAAUUAUACACCGCGUGUGAUACCAACAAGAUUUUAAUUCAGUUAAGUGCCGCGUGUCGAGAAUUAUCGGAGAUCGAUAGAGGUGUUUAUAACAAUGGGAUGGUUUAGAAAAAGUGACCUUAAAAUUUUAGUAGUGUUUGUAGUUUUAACAACUGCGUUAUGUAGCGUGCAGCCACCGGCCAUUAAUCCGGGGAUCCUAACCCAGUCUAAACAAGUCGGCGACUGUCAGGCUUGUAAGAUAUUCAUCGAAUCUUUCAAAAAAGGCUUGGAACGUACAGCCAGAGGUAAAUAUGAAGGUGGGGAUGCUGCGUGGGAGGAAGAGAAACUUAAAAAGUCGUACAAACGGAGUGAGAUGCGUCUCAUAGACAUACAGGAAAGUAUAUGCAAAGAGACUAAGCACUCUAGCCAGUGCCACUUAAUGGCAGAGAAAGCCGAAGAGUAUAUUGAGCAGUGGUGGGCACAGGAUCCUGACGAAUCAGACGAUCUUUUUACAUACAUUUGUAUAGAUAACAUGAAAUUAUGUUGCCCAGAACAUCACUAUGGUAAGGACUGCACACCAUGCCCAGGAGACCAUGAGAACCUCUGCAACGGCCAUGGUAAAUGCAGAGGAGAUGGAACACGAAAAGGAAACGGUACUUGCCUCUGUGAUGCAGGAUACACAGGAGAGAACUGUGACCAGUGCACUGUAGACUAUUACAUAUCAAAUAGAGACGAGAAAUCUGUGACAUGCUGGCCAUGCCAUGUGUCUUGUUCAGGAGGAUGUCGACAAGGCACACAGAAGGACUGCGUGGCUUGUAAGACUGGUUUCAUCUUUGACGUAGAUGAAGGCUGCAUAGACAUUAAUGAGUGCGAUGAUAUAAACAAAUGUACGAAAGACCAGUUUUGUAUGAACUCUCUGGGUUCGUUCAUGUGCAUGGCGUGUGAUAAGUCUUGUGCCGGUUGUCAUGGCGAUGGACCGGAUGGCUGUCGAAAAUGCGCUAAAGGCUAUUCGAGGAAGGGAGAAUUUUGUAUUGAGGACAGGGAGGAUGAAUAUCAGUCUGAAAAGUUAGCCAACACAAGAAGUGAGGAGUUGUAAGGAUUAACACAAUUGCUAGUUGAGUAGGUACAUGACCUACGUGGGCCUUCUCAUUGCAACAGUCAUUCUACUCCCCAUGUCCAUGUCUCUAGGAGGCAUUGUUGGAGGAAUGGUACUUGCCUACAUUGUGGGGGCUGAGUAUUACUGUAUGAUAAACGGACACAAUGGCCUUGUGGACUUAAAAGACUAUGAUUUGAUGCAGUUAUUCCGUACAUAAUUAACUUGUAGAAAUUUUACGUCUAGGUUCUGAAUAGAUGUAGUAUUUAUUGUAGAGUAAGCUUAGAAUUGUGCUCAAUUUUUUGAUAAGUAAGAAGUGUGAGGUGUGUUUGAAAUGGAUUUUAAUUAUCAAAUUAAUAAAGGCUGCAAAAGCUUGAUGUAGUCUGAAAAUUUUGGUAUGAAUAUUCAUAAUUUCUUAAUUGGUAUUUAAUAUUUAUAUGGAGUGUUUUAAGAACUAACAUUUUGGAAGACCAAUAAAAAUUAUUAAUAAAAAAAUUUGAAUAUAUGGAAUUAAAAGUAUAGCUAAUGUUAUUUUUCUUAAUCACACAGGAAAAAUAAUUUUGAGGAUAAAAUAGUCGCCAUUUUAGCCUUUAGAAUCGCAUUUGUUGUUUUCUGAACAGACAUUGAAGUAAGUAAUUUAAUAAUGCACGUAAAUAAGUAUUGAUUUGUGGUAUCAGUUAAAGAAUGAAAGGUAAUAUGUAACAGUAUCUGAAUUGAUUCUUAAGUUAUAGAUGAGACAAAUAUGUCUACUGUUACCACUUGUGAGAAUUGUAGUUUGCGAGCUAUUAUCUCGUCUAAGAUCAAAACCACGGUAAGAUUGUCAUGUUAAAAAUACUUAAUGGCGCUCUCUUCCACUUUCAUAUGGGAAAUUGCGUGACUAAACAUCAAAGUGGUGUUUGUAUUUCUAAUUUCCUUCUAAGCAUAAAAAAUAUUGCAAGGUAUUUAAUUAUAUAAAUGCGAAAGUUCUUUUGCCUAUCUAUUAGACUUUCAUGGUUCACACACCGUUGAACUGAUUUUGAUGAAAUUUGGUAUGAAAUAAGCUCGAACACCACGAAAUUACAUAGUACAAAGCUAAUUUUUUAUGUAUUUGUCACCAACAGAGUUCUGAAGUGCCAAUCGCGAUCAAAACAUUGUUUAUUUAAAAUACAUUUAAUGGUUAGUCAAAUUUCUAUUUAUUUUUAUUAGGUAGAACUAUUUUAUAACAUCGAUAUUUAUUGUAUAUUAUUAGGAACAUUAGAACGAGAUUAAAGACAAGGAAUUUAAUUAUACUUAAUUAUAUCUAUUGAUUAAAAUGGUAAAACUUGUGUUGAUUAUUUAAAUGUUUAAUUUUAUUGAAGAUGUCUGUUUUUAUUAAAGCAUUGUUAUAGAAUUUAUUUAACAUUCUGUUUUAAUAUUUUGUUCUUAUUGAGAUUGGUCGCUGCGCAGUGGCGAAAAUUUAGCUAGGAGGAAUUCAUUGUAUUUGUAUAAAGUUGUUUUUGUUAAUUUGUUUUAAGUGUAAUGUAAUUUAUAUAAAUCAUUUUUCUAUCAAUAAAAUAAUUUAUACGUAUUCGAACUUAGUAAUUUAUUAUUAGGUGAAUUACGUACUGUAGAAAAAGAAAGCAUAUUUUAAUUAUGUCAUCCUAGUAUCUAAUAUUUAUUUUAAAUAUAAAACUAUUGCAGUCAUGACGUGAAAAGAUUUCGUUAAAAAAAAUGUAAAAAUGCAGUGAAAUAGAUAAUGUAUAAACAUAGUAGACAGUAAUCGGGAAAUGUAAAGUUUGAUUCCUUUACCACGUGGUAAAGGAAUCAAACAUUGUAAUGAAAGUGAGGAACAUUAGAAUAAGUAUAAGACUUAGAAUUUUCUUAUUAGUGCAAUUAGUAUCGAAAGUGGACGAUUUGUAAGAGCAUUGUAUUUGUUCACAAUUAUUUAACUAAUCUUGUGUCAAAAAUAAUUUGUAAACAUGUGUUUUUUGCCUGUUUUAAGAACCAUUGAAAAUUGUGUUUGUGUUGUCUAUAGGCGUUUUAAAUUCAGUUAGUUUUUUGGACACUUUAGAGAUUGGAGAUAUAACGAAGAUUUUAUUUAAAUAACGAUUUUUAAAUUUAGAAUUGUGUGUGAUUUAUUUAUUGAAUUUGUUUUGUUUCUGAAAGUGAAUAAGAUUCUUACCAAUACAUGUAUUUGGAAAAUAA